AUGCCGAUAACGCCUUUGCUCUAUUCCAAAGAGCUAGCGGGCCUCAAUUUGGUCUUGAAGUCGGCUUCUCUUGCCUCGUCGGACCUCGAAACAGGUUGGGAUGGAAUCGAUGUACAAGACAACAUGCCUACGACCAAGUCGCUGGCGGAAACCGUGGGUGAGAUAUUUAGAAAUGCUACUAUCAGUCUCAUGACACAGGAACUCUUGAACCCCAACUACGAGUCUCCCUACGCGCCACCAAAGACCAACGUCACCACAUUCUCAAACAAGAACGUGUACACCUACUCCCCUAACACACUCUGGAUCACGUACGGAGUUUCCAUUACCACCUCGGCCCUGAGUGUGCUCAUCGGUUCAGGGGUUGUGGCCAUGACGGGGGCUUCGUACAGCAGCAAGUUCUCAACCAUCUUGAGAAUUGCUUUCAACGUGCACGUCUCACGAGACGUGGAGUUACAUGACACCAGCGGCAAGGAUCCGCUACCGAAGCAUUUGGGGAAGAUGACGGUGAUGUUUCCCCCUGAGAAGGUCUCGGCCAUAUAUGAUAUGGAGGCCUGCGUGCUUGCAAAAAGCGUUACCAUACCGUAA